AUGCAGUUCUACCUGUCCUGGUGUUCCUGGCAUUUGACAUACAUCCUCCUGCCCAAGCUUUCGUUGGCUGUGGCCCAGCCACAGCUUUAUUGCAUCAACAUUGUCACCAUAAGCAGCAUCAUGAUGUGGCGCCAUCAGUGUGAGAAACUGCACAGCUCGAAGAUAAUGCUGAAUGCUUUGUGCAGCCGCCUGCGCUCUGACUCCAGCGUUGGACGGUUGCCCCGCUUGACUUGCCAACAGGCCUGGUUUCGUUUGUUUGUGAUGUGUGCAGCUGCCUCAACAUCAGCGGCUCCUGCUGCCAAUGCUCCUUCCUGA